UUCUUCACUUCAAGAACAGAUUCUGUUUAUCUCUCUCUAUUACCGUAUAUCAUGAUGGAGAAGGGAGACAACUGAAGAAGAAGCUCGGUUAAUCUUCUCCUUCUUUCGCUGCUAAGAGAGAAUUCUAAUACGAAAGGAUAAGCUCGGAUCAAUCGCUGCUGCUAUGGCGUCAUCCAUUCGUCCUUUUCUCUCAACUUUCAGGUUUCCUUCACGUGUCGUCGUUCCUAGUUCCUCUUCCAACGCCUCACGUUUGAUUAGCUUUUCUCAUCGCGGAAGAGUAUGUUCGCAAUCACAUGUAUUAAACCAAAAGGCUUCUAAGUUGUUGAUAGUUGAUAGAAUGAGUCUGAAAACUCGCGCAUCAGGAGAUGUUGCACAAACAGAUAGUUCUAGUAAUAAAAAAGACGAGUUAGACUGGAUUAAACAGGACAAGAAAAGAAUGCUUCAUGUUGUUUAUCGUGUUGGAGAUAUGGACAGAACUAUUAAAUUCUACACUGAAUGUUUGGGAAUGAAGUUAUUGAGAAAACGCGACAUACCUGAGGAGAGAUACACAAAUGCUUUCCUAGGAUACGGUCCAGAAGAUUCUCACUUCGUUAUAGAACUCACAUACAAUUAUGGAGUUGAUAGCUAUGAUAUUGGAACUGGUUUUGGACAUUUUGGUAUUGCAGUUGAAGAUGUUGUGAAAACUGUGGAGCUCAUAAAGGCGAAAGGCGGAAAAGUGACUAGAGAACCUAGUCCUGUGAAAGGUGGCAAAACUGUAAUUGCGUUUAUAGAAGAUCCUGAUGGUUAUAAAUUUGAGCUUCUAGAAAGGAGUUCAACACCUGAGCCCUUAUGCCAAGUUAUGUUACGAGUGGGUGAUCUUGAUCGUUCUAUAGAGUUUUACAAGAAGGCUUUUGGUAUGGAGCUAUUGCGGAAAAAAGAUAACCCAGAAUACAAGUAUACGAUUGCAAUGAUGGGAUAUGGUCCUGAGGAUAAAAAUGCGGUUAUUGAGUUGACAUAUAACUAUGAUGUGAAGGAAUACGAAAGAGGAAAUGCUUAUGCUCAGAUAGCAAUAGGAACAGACGAUGUUUACAAAACGGCUGAAGUGAUUAAACGACAUGGUGGUGGGAAGAUUACGCGAGAACCUGGUCCUUUACCUGGAAUCAACACAAAGAUCACAGCCUGUUUGGAUCCAGAUGGAUGGAAAACGGUUUUCGUUGAUAACAUCGACUUUCUCAAGGAAUUGGAAUGAUUGCGCAAGACAUUAGUUUUCAAACUUUGUAUGAAAAUUACAUAAUUUUGUAGAUAGCUUUGUUUAACCUUAAAUAAUUGGCAUCCAUCCAUUUUUUUUUAUAUUAAUUAAAUUUUCAUG